UGGGAUCAGAGGAGCGGUUUAUCGGACUCUUUAUGGAUCUUUUUCUGACUUAAUAUUUGAUUAACUAACAAUAACCGUUUUCAUUUCUUUUUUUGCUUCCCGUAUUUACAUCAUGGCUGAAUCUGGAUUCCCUCUACCACCAGAUUCUUUCUGUCCACUGUGUGCAGAUGGACUGAGAGACCCAGUCACCAUCCCCUGUGGUGACACUUACUGCCUUGAGUGUAUCAAGAUCUACUGGGAUCAGUUUGACCACAUAGGUGUGUACAGCUGCCCGCAGUGCCGUUCAACCUUUACACCACGGCCUGUCCUGAGACGCAACCUGCCUGAUGUUCAGCACAAGCCUCGGCAGCAGCUUCCAGAACUCACUACUUCUCCCAGCUUGCACCGUGAAUCUUACUGUGAUUUCUGUGUCGGCCGCCGCAACAAGGCUGUCAAGUCAUGUCUGAUGUGCCUGGCUUACUACUGUGAAACUCAUGUCAAACCUCAUUAUGAGUCAUCUACUUUUAAGAGGCACAAGCUGGUGGAUGAGAUGGGACACCUGGACAGGAAGAUCUGCCCCCAACAUGAGAAAGGCCUGGAGCUAUUCUGUCGUUCUGACCAGAUGUGCAUAUGUGUGCUGUGUACUGUCAGAGAGCACCGAAGCCACAACAUUACCUCGGCAGAAGAAGAGCGCAGCGAGAAACAAAAAGUUCUGGUGGUCACACAAUCUCAAGUGCAGCACAUCAUUUCAGAGAGGUUGAAGGAGCUGCAGGAGCUCAAGCAUAAUGUGGAUGUGCUAAAAAGUGCUGCCCAGCGAGCGCAGGCAGAAAGUGAAAAGACCUUUCAUGAAAUGCUGCAGGCGGUUGAGCGUUGGAAGUCUGAAAUCAGCCAGUUGAUCACGGCCAACAUGCAGACAGCAAUGUUACAAGCUGAGGGCUACGUGGAACGCCUGGAGCAGGAGAUAAUAGAGCUACAACGUCGAGAUGCAGAGCUGCGACAGAUCCUUGAAACAGAGGACAACAUUCACUUUUUGCAGAAUUUCCCAACCCUGUGCGUUCCUCCUGAAGCCAUGGUGCCCAAAGUGCUAAUCAACCCUCAGUUUUCCUUUGGAGAAAUAAGCAAAGCAGCCACAGACAUAAAAGAAAAUCUGGAUGACAUCUGUAAAAAGGACCUGGCCAAAAUUUCCAAGACAGUUAGUGAAACUCCUGUCUACCUAGUGCUGCCAAGAAAUGGAGACAACCGGCUCAAAGCAGUUCCUUCAAGGGUAGAUUUUCAGGAACCAAAAACCAGAGCAGACUUCUUGAGAUAUUCCUGCAAGAUGUCCUUUGAUCCCAACACAGUCUACAAAGAACUAGUCCUGUCAGAUGGAAAUCAAAGAGUCACUCGAAAGAAGACAAUCCAGUUUUACCCAGAUCAUCCAGAGCGCUUUGAUGGCUUCUCCCAAGUGCUGUGCAAGGAGCCUCUGUCUGGUUUCAGGUUUUACUGGGAAGCUGAGUGGGGCGGGGAGUUCUCUGUAGGGGUGGCCUACAAGAGCAUCAGCCGCAAGGGCAAGAAUUCGCAUAGCCUGCUGGGCUACAACGACAAGUCCUGGAGUCUCCUCUGCUCAGACUCAGGCUACUCAGCCUGGCACAACAAAGCAGACAGAGACCUUCCUGAUGCUCCCAGGGCUACACGAAUAGGUGUGUACUUGGACUAUGCAGGCCACAUUUUGGCUUUUUAUUCAGUGUCAGAGUCUAUGCAGCUCAUCCACAGAUUCAAAGCUCAGUUCAGUGAGCCUUUGUAUGCUGGUUUUGGUGUGGGCUCCUCAGUAACUCUCUGCCAACUAAGGCAGAACACCAUGCCAUACACUUGAAAACAGGGAAAUUAUCCAUUAUCGAAUCAUAGGACUCACACAAAUAGGAAGUGGAUGUAAAGUAAAUCAGUUUUUUUUGCUUUAACCUGCAGCAAAUUCAAAGAAUCCAACAAUAUAGUAAACUCGUGUACAGUUUCUUUCUUUAUUGCAGCUGCAAGUCGUCAUUUCUUUCAAAUUAUGUUUCUAGAAAAAGAUCUUCUCUGUUUUAAAUAAGUUUUAUCUCUAAACCCCAUAUGAGUUCCUGACUGCGCCUGUCUACUGUUUAGUGCUGAGCAGAUGCUUUAUGGUAAGAGUGUGUGAAAAGAGUGAUAGAGAAUCCAUUUUUUAUAUGUCUGUUUUUCUUAUAAUCAAAUAUGGAAUGUUGUGUUAAUUUUUAUACAUUGACUGUUUGAACAAAUAAUUUAAAUCUAGGAGCAUGAUUAACAUGUUUGUGUUGCAUUUGGAUACGUUGAAAUUUCCUUUAAGAAUCAGCUUCACUACAGUGAACAGCAACGUCUUCUGGUUUUCACCAUCUUUUAUGUCUAAGAACGCCCAGCUAGGACUGUGCCCUCCUCCACCUGUAAACAGCCGACCUUUAUAUCCUGUGGGAUCCUCCUGUACAUUCCUUCAACAAAAUUAGGAGUUAAACCACUGGAGGUCAGCAAAGACACAAUUUUCAGAGAUUACAGGGACUAUUAAAUUCAUUUUUAAUGGAGCCAUCCAGGAUUAAUGCUUGAAAGAAAUGUUGCAGACCUUUCGCAAAUCAACAAACAAAUGGUGUGAUUUGAGACAGAAAGAAUAAAUAUGCCAGGAUUAAGAAAAACAUCUUUUUUAACUGAAUGUUGUACAACAAACACCAUGUUAAAAAGUCUAACAGAGAGCUGUAGUUAGUCCAGAACGCUGCUGCUCGAGUCCUCAUCAAGACCAGGAAAGUGUAUCAUAUAACUCCAGUCCUCUGAUUUUUACACUGACUUCCUGUCUGACAAAUAACUGACUUCAAAAUCCUGCUGU